AUGCAAAGAGAGAAUAACAGCAACAAUAAUAACAAUCGGACGCUGUUUCAUCCGGCAUGCGCAGCGUGCAAGCAUCAACGGAAGAGGUGCACGGAGGAUUGUGCAUUGGCACCGUAUUUUCCAGCAGAGAAAACCCAAGAAUUUCAAGCUGUUCAUAAAGUUUUUGGUGUUAGCAAUGUUGUUAAAUUAGUGAAAGAUGUUAGUGAAGAGAGGCGAAAAGAGACGGCGGAUUCAUUGGUUUGGGAGGCUCAAUGUAGGCAAAAUGAUCCGGUUUUAGGCUGUUAUGGGAAGUUCAAGAGAUUAAAGGAAGAACUUGACUUGUACAAAUCUCAACAUCCGUCGCUAAACCAAAACCAAAAUGGACAGCAGCAGGGGGGCGUUGUGUAUAACAAACAGUCUCCGGUGAUGGUUUACGGGAUAAAUGAUAGGGCGAACGGUAUUGGAGGAGGAGGCUUAGCUGCUAACAAUAACAUGGUAAGUUAUGGCCAUGAUAAUGAGAAUUUGAUUGCAGACUCAAUCCAGCAUAAUUUUCAUUGGGAUUAUGUGCAAAGUCUAGAUAAAUCAAAGCGAGGAAGAGAUGCUAGUUCUCUUCUUCUUCCAUCACCACAGCCGUUGCCACACCACUAUUCCAUCAAUGGAUUUAAUCAACAACAAUACUAUCUUCCAGGCGAAUUUGGCUCAAUGGAAAGCACACUCUUCAUGGGAGAAGGAGAUGGACCAUAG